UUGUGUCCAAUGAGCAACAGUUAUUAGAAAAUUACAAAUCGAACGCGUGAUAUGAAUAGGGCCUAUUAUUAAUCUUUCACGUUGUGAUCCUAACCUGUAUGUAUCGCGCGAAAAGCUUAUGAACAAAUGAUUGAAAAAUGAAACUGAAAGCGAUUAUUGAAGACGUUGUUACGCAGCCGAGCAAAAUUCAGCCAAUUAUUGUAAAUUUUCAAAAUGGUGAGCUUAAGGAUGAAGAAGUCAAGGAGAUAUCAAGUGGCAUAUUCCGUGAUCAAAAGGCUAACAAAACUGUAUUAGCCUUGUCAAACGGUCAUAUUGUCUACAAGGGUGACAGACCAGAUUGUACAAAGGAGUCGACACGAACAAUGCUAGUACUUCUUAAUAAGAAAACUGGCAAGGCACGACUGUUUGAAGCUGAACGAUGGCAAGUAACGCCUGUACUUGAAAAACCUGACAAUGAGGACAAUAAGAAUGACUUGGACGAAAAAAUUACUCUUUUGAAUAUGCAAUUUGGAUCCAAGAAAGUCAAACGUAGAACUGAACAAUUUGAGAAGCUAAAAACCAAUAUUGAUAACGUUAAGGAACAACUUGAGAAAACAGUAUCAAAUGUUGAAAUCGACAGACUAGAUUUAUCAACUCAAUUACAAGUUGAAGACAAUAUCUCGAAUGCAAUACUACCUACAUGUAACAGAAAUGCAACUAAUGUCAAAGAUGUAUAUAAUGUUUAUGAUAUUAUUCCAAAAAGUAAAUUGGAAACAUUAUACGAGCAUGCAAUGGAGAUUCUUAAUGGAGAUGUGGAAGGGAAGGGAACAUUUUUCAAACGUACUUUAGGAACUAUACAAUCUGAUCCAGACAGUGUGAAUAAGGUUGCCCUUUUGCUCUACAUUGAAAUGAUCAACAUAUGGUUUGGCAUGCCGCUGAAGCUCGCGAAGAAACGCGACGUUGUUGUGUGCUCGGUUUCUGAGGAAGUUAAUCAGCAUAUUAUAGACACGUACAGCGUGCCCAGCCCGAAUGGACGGAUGAGACCAAAUUCCAUGAAGGAUAAAGGCCUCGUGCACUGUUUGAUUCUUGCACUGACGAUAUUAAAUUUCACGGUGGAUCUGGAGUCAUUCCGAGUUAUGCUCGAAAUGCGAACGAGUUUAAAGAAGCUGAUUGAUCUCGCGAAGAUUAUCGGAGCGAUAUCCACUAAAGAAGAUAAAAAGAUCAUCGUGCUUAAAGUACCGUUGCCACCACCGAUAUCAUUAAUAAAAAAAGGAAAAAAAUCGAAAUCCAAACAAUAAUUCAACUGUUAAAUUAUUUUAUAAGUAUAGAUUAUUUUAAUUGUGUAAUUUUUUUAUAAGAUCAUGUUAAUAUCACAUAAAAUGUAAAUAUUAAAAAUGCAAGUCUCCAUAUUCUUAUUCCAAUA